UUUUGCAGAUCGAGGUACUCGGAGGAACCGCCGAAGAGUUGUUGCGGAUUACUGGCAUGGAAACCUGGAUCGUUAAGAUGGUUUAUUGCUUUAAUUGCGGUCGUGGCGGUUUGCUGCGUUCUCGUCGGUACGGCGUUGGGGGCGAUGAGGCCGGCGGGACGAGAUCAUCUUACUGUCUCGCUACUAAUGAUAGGGGUUGGCAUCGUGCUUGUCACAGUGAGUGGGGUAGCGUGGAGAUUGACGUCUCAUGAUUCAUCAACGUGCAGGGCCAUGUUGGGCUUGGGAUCGACGGAAUCUGUUGAUGUUUGUCCAAGACGCUUUGUACCUCGCCUGCCGCCCUCCUAUGGACGACCGCAUCAUCCGUACGCCGCCAUGAUCUACCCCGAAUUUCAGUACCGGCCUCCGCCACCCAGUUACCAAGCUUCAAUGCAGGAAUACCGUUUGAGGCUACUACUCUUGGACCGAGGGCAUACGCCGCAAAUUCAAGCGGGUGUACAGAACGGGCCAUCUCCACCACCAACCUACAGGAGCUACGCCGGCAGCUUGCUCAGGGCGCCGUUAUCUAGUAGACGAGACCCAUCUCAGUCAGAAUACAGCUUUCCACCAUCCUACCGAUCGCAAACUGGUUCGACUCGGCCCGCCGCCAUCGACUUUCAAACCAACGUCAUCAUUCACAGCCGAGAACACUCGUUAAGCCUAUCGGAGUCAAACCAAGGAGGAUCGGUCCUCAACGGCGGCACCAUUCUGACCAACAACGACGAAGACAUCGCGUUGGACAACAUUACGGUCGACUCGUUCAAGAUGGCGCCCGAAAGUGAAAUCAAUCCCGUAAAAAUGCUAUUAAAGAGCGGUAGUGAAUUGGACAAUAGUAAAGAAGGGAAUUUAGUAACAAUAGUGCAAACGAGUGAUCAAAAUCCGAUAAUCGUAACUGUUAGUGGAUGCUCCCAGGCAAAUACUGGCAGCAGUGUACAAAUAACCGAAAUACCAACCGAAAUGGAAAUACUGGCACAUCUAUAGAUAUAUCCAUAGGUAAUUAGGAAAUAUUUUCGGCGGUGACCUCUCCCAACAAGAUUCUCAGAAAGGAAAACGAAAAUCUAGUCACGUGGCAAUUUUCCGUUGGAUGCGAGGUUACAAAAAAGGCUGCUCUUUAAAAUAUCCCACCGAUUGACUACAGCCUUUGUAUUAACGACUGACAUGAAAAAAAAACACAAAAUGAUCACUGUAAAUACUUUGGGUCAGUAUCAAUUCUUGUUAAAUUAGUUGAUUCUGCUGUGAUACAACACUGAUUAAAGCAACCACCUUGUGUAAAGUAUAUCUGCAAACCAUUCUAGGAGGUGUCUCCACCUAUAAAUGUGCUAUUUUUCAUUUUACAAAAUAUGAAACGUAUAUUUUCUUACCUGUCCUCGCAAUUACUUUUAGAAUAUUGAACAUAAAAUUUGUUUUUAACUCUGUUUUACCUAUGAAAUUUUAAUAGUCUUACCGUACUCGAAUUGUCAUUCCUUGAUAUAAAUGUGUGCGAUAUUUAGAGAUACGCAUACUUUGUUGUGUAUGACCCUGUAUAUUUGCGAUAAUAUGUGCCUAUAUUGUAGAUAGUGUCAUAUUGCAUUG